AUGGCGAACGACCACCGCGCCGCCGCCCUCCUGAUCGCGUCCCUCCUCGUGACGGUCGCCGUCGCCGACGCGAGGCUCGCCAAGCACCACAACGCGAGGCUCACCAUACACCGAGACGCGCGUGGAGGUAGGCAGAGUGACGCCGCGGCGGUGCCGUCGCUGACCUGCAGCAAGGUGCACGGGGUGAAGGCGGGCGAGACGUGCUCCUCCGUGGCGCAGGGCGCGGGGCUGACGCAGGAUGACUUCCUCGGCUUCAACCCCAACAUCAACUGCGAUAAGGUCUUCGUCGGCCAGUGGAUCUGCCUUGCGGCCACUUCCGCUUGAUCAAAGUCAAGUCUACGCGCGCGCAGCCAUUCACUUUUUUUUUUACAUGCAGCUUAUUAUGAUGUUUGUGCUACCAAUAAAGGAGGUCUCCAAGCAUUUGUUUGCUUGUAUGAGCCAAAGUUGCUAAGGUCGGCUCUCUCGGCUGUGCCACUUUAUUGUAUU